AUGGGGCCGAUCAUCGCUGGGGGCGGCUGGGACUACGAGUCAAUCGACAUGAAAAUUGGCGUCUGCACGGACCACCUCGCCAAGAAGUACAACGGUCUGCUGAGCGACCUCGUGGACAUCGACCCACGGGGAGCAUACUUCAGACAGUCCGACCUCCAGAAGGUGUUCAAGGCGAUGUGCGCGUUCAGGAAGUGGGACGACCCCAACGUCGGUACGAUGAAGGUCAGCUACAUGAUUCGGGUCAUGGCCUCGCACCUCAGGCUGAAGUUCGAUCAGUACACUAGCCUGAAGAACAAGACCGACGCCCGUGCGCACCCUGCACCGCUCGUGGCGAUCUACGAAAAGACCAAGCCUGACAGCCCAACACCCACGGCCAAGAAGAACAUUCUCAACCCGUUCAUCUACUACCGCGACAGCGACUUGGACGGCGAAGACGACGAUGAGGACGAAUCGACGAUCGUAAUCGACAAGUGCUUCAACUACACUGAGAUGAAAACCUACGUGCUGCUUUCGGAUGGCUCUCGGGCUCCAGCCGUGAAAUACUCUGCUGUGGCGGAUGGCAUGGUUCUGGCGCACUUCGAAGUGAAAUAUUCCGCUGAGCCGUGGGCGACCGAGCUCCCGAACAGCAGCCUCGCCGAAGAUGGCCUUUCGAUACUGAAGCCCGAAGCUGCAGACUCCACCUUGAAGGUUAAGAAAGGCAAAGCCAAGGGCAAACGCAAAGCCAAGGCCAAAGGCAAAGCCAAACCUCACGAGGCUGGAACGAAACGACCAGCUGCGGCAGCCGAUGUCCUCGAAGAGCCAGCCGAGAAGAAACACACUGGCGACGGCGAAUCAGAGACUCCAGAGAUCUUCAGUGGGACCGAUAUCAUGAACACGCUCCCGCCCAAGGCCAGGAUCACCAACCUCGAGCCUGGCCGCAAAUCCUACACGCUGCCCAAGGCCGACGACGGCGACGCUGCCAUCUCCGUUCUACUCGAAAGGAAUGCGUUCUACAUAAAGCCAGUGUCCGAGGCCCAGUUUGAGAAAACCAGGAACGACGAUUAG